UCAUUGGGAGCUACCUUUUUCUUCACUUAAGACCACAGAGGAACUCUGAGCAAGGGAAGGUGGAGGGCAGCUCACCUGGAGGCAGGAAGAGUGUGGCGCGCACACGGCCCUCGCGCACGGGCACGCGCCGCACCCCGGGAGCCAUGAAGUGACGCUCGUGCACCGCCCGCGCCAGCAGCCGCCCGCCGUCGGGCUCGUGGCCGUCCAGCACCUCCAGCUCCACCACGAAGGGCGUCUGGACGUCGCGCUUGAUCAGGCGCCAGAGCGGUCGAUCGGGCUCCAUUGCCCAGAGCAGCCCCAUGGGCUCGAGCCCCGCGAAGCUGCCGCCCAGCGCGGGCGCGCGCGCCAAGUCCAGCUCGCCGUGGGGGUCGGCGCGGUAACGGGCGUGUGAGCGGAAGAGCGCGCCUCUCUCGUCGCGCAGGGCGGCGCGCAGUGUGACGGGCUGCUCGGGGGCCAGGCCGCGCACGGAGAUGCUCAGCGGCUCGUCCCAGCAGCUGCGCCCCGCGGGCUCCAGGCUCAGAGUCGCGUUUUCCCGCUUAGGGGCCCAAGUGCUCCAGCCACCGGGACCAAAUGGCAGGGGCCCUAACAGCUGCGCCCUGUUCUUGCAGCCCCAUUGACACAACCUGCUUGUUCGUAGGACAGCGAGAAGCGAGGCCACCAUUUUGCUUCUUCACUUCAGCCCUCAGUUUCUUGGGGUGAGUUAGAGAUCCUCUAGUGGCCGGCUUUCUGCCUGCAGUGUAAGUGUCCCCUGGGCCGAGCUGUGGGGCUCGCGUUGUUGGAGAGCCCAGAGCCUGCAAAGCAACAAAGUAGAGACAGACUUUGACUAAGGCGUCUGUGCUUAAGACUUCGUUAUAUCCGGAACCCCCUCCCUAGUUCUGUUUUUCAGGUGCUCUUUGCCCCCAUGAAGAGUGGGCAGGACUGCGGCUCGCUCUUCAGAGUCCUCUCACCCACUGACACCUCCAGUCUGGUUCAGAGUCCGGAGUGUAAGAUUGCAAUUGAGUUUCAUCAGGUUGUGGAGUAAUGGACACUUGUUACUAAUCUUAGGACUGUUCUUUCACAAAUGUGCACCAUGGUGUUUUGUUUUGUGCUGUCUGCACGUGCUUAGCUUACAUGAAAAUCCGGUGAGCUGCCUACCAACAACUAUGAAAAAGUUUCUCAAAGCUCAGUUCACAAAGGAGAUUUGACGAGUAGUUGAAGAUACCCCAACCAAGCCCACUGCUUCUGUGAAUGGGUUCUGAAGACUUGUUGCCAGGAGACCACUAUAAGCAGCUAAGCAGCUUUGGAACCUAAGGAACCAAGGAAGGUUUACGACACAGAACCUCGCUUCUCUCUACGUCUGUACUGUGGGACACUAUGCCACUUGGAAGCUGUACACCUACAUUUUUCUCCAAUCUCAUCGGAAACACCUCUUACAGAGAAAGGACAUUGUUACGAGCUGGGGGACUUCAGCUCCAGAUUCUUUUCGAGUAAUAUCUAUGAGGACUCUGUGCCCUUCUCCCCAGAGAGAGGCUCUGCUUGUGAACCAGCUGUGUGGACAGGUGGAUCUAAAACAAAACAUGACCAAGCCCAGAAAGAAAAAGGCUUCCUCCAUUCGGUACCUUGAGCCGCAGCCCCCUCGGCUGGGAUGGGGCAUGACCUUCCUCUACUGGAAACCGGAAGACCAGGUGGAGUGUACCUCCAUCUCCAGAGUGCCACCUGUCUUACGCUUCAGCCCAAAGCACUGCGAGUAUAUCAAGGACCAGUAUGUGAAAAAGGCAGCUGCCGACCUUUCCUUCUCCGAGGACGUGGGGUGGCAGCGGGGACUGCCCAGCAUGCCUUUCAAUCAGUACAGUUUUGAGCAUAUCUACAACACGGAUGAUAUCAUCCCACCUCUACAGGCCAAGAAGACCCACACUGAGAAACCUGCCUACACCAGGGCUCUGCAUGCCUCAGAGCUCUUGGCAGGAGGCAUCACCCAUUUUGUGAAGACACAAAGCCCUGUGAGUUCUAAAAAGAUACCGAAAAAAACAAAGCCCAAAGUCCUGGACCAGAAAGCAUCUCCCCUACGUGCCCGCUAUUCCCACUUGAAGCCAGAUAUGCUGGACCUGUCACCUUCUCCAGAUGAGAGUCUGGAAGAAAGGGAAACCUGGCUUCCACCUGGGGAGAAGGAAGCCCGAGCCUGGGAAGCCAUCGUGCUGGAGAAGCUAGACAAGCGCACAGCGCGAUGGAUCCAGAACAAGCGUCCACCGAGGCCUGGGCAGUCGCCCAACAAAUGGCAGAGCUUUUUGCGCCAGCAAUACGACUGGAGCCAUAUUCGGGAUGAGCUCACUUCAGAGAGUGACCUGAAGCUCCUCAAAAAGCUGGAGGCAGAAGAAACAGCAGAAUUUGAGGGUGAAAGUGUGACCCUUACCCCCAAGGAAAUAAAGAAGCCAGAGCUGCUGCUUCCUGUUUUCUACAGAUUACCUGGUUACUCCCCACAAGUACAGACAGGUGAAAUACUGCCUGGCAACAACAUGACGGCCGAGGGUAUCAAAGAAGAGAGAAGCAACUUCCAGCCUCCAGUUGAGAACCCCUUCCGGCAGGUGAACCCCAAAGCUGGAGAGUUUGCUUACUCUACAGACAACACCUUUGAGCAAGAGAUUUACUUUGACGGAGUGAAGAUUGUUCACCAGAUUGGUGGGAGGAAUGACCAAAUUGUCUUGGAAAACCUCAAUCGGUAUGACAAGCACCUAACUAAGCUCUUCCCGGAAACCCCUGAAAAGUGGAGCUUCCAGCCUGUCCCUGAAACACCUUACAAGCUCAGGAAAGGAGUCCAGCGUUGGAUUGCUUUGCCCACCCAGGUCAAGGACCUUCUGCUGCAGGUGGGUGAGAAGGACACGCCUGUCAAAACUAGGAGAGUGAAGAAGCGGGCCCAGCCCAUGAAGGAGGAUGUGACUUGGGAGCUGGCAGCCCUGCGGAGGAUGCUGCAGGAGUGGAAGACUGCCUGGGCACUCAAACCAAUUAUUCCAGACUUGCCAGAGGUCCUCCUGCCUGCUCUAGAGGCCGCUCUGUCUGACAAGAAUCCCAAUGUGAGGAUGGCAGCAGCAAUAUGCCAGUAUGCCAUACAGUCACAUAAUCCCACUGCCCGGAACAUCAUGCAGACUGCCCUUGUGAAGGGUAAUAGUGUGGACAGCUGGGCUGCAGCUCAGUGCUUGGCUCUGGAAGGCGUUGCCACGUACCCGGUGAUUAAAAGGAUCCUCUACCAGCUCUUUAAUAAGAAGAAUGAGGCCACUGAGGAACAGUCCUAUAUCCUCCUGAGCCAUCUCAGUGGAAAAACGACCCUGAUCCACACAAUGCUUGCUGUGGAGCUGAACAGCGGGCAAUGGAAGGACCGCAUUAUGGCCUGCCGCGCUUUCUCCCGGAUCAGUGGAAAUAUCUGCAUAGAUAUGAAACAUAAACUAAUCCAGCUGAUGUGGAAUGACUGGAACAAAGAAGUAAGGCAAGCGGCUGCCAGAGCACUGGGGCAAAUGAACCUUGGGAAAGAGGUGCAUGACAUGAUCAGGAUUAAGCUGAGUCAAGGAAAUUCCCAGGAACGGAUUGAGGCCCUCUCCCUGAUCCGUGUGCUCAAGCUCAUGACAGCCAAGCUUCUCCCAAGCUUCCUGACCUGCUUCUCUGAUGAGUUCAUAGCAAUUCGGCAGGCAGCUUGUUUGGCGGCAGGUGCCCUGCAGAUCUGUGACAAGAUGGUGCUUGAAUGCCUCCUGAAUCUGAUGCACAGGGAUCCCUACUGGAAAAUCAAGGCUUUCGCCAUUCGAGCUUUGGGACAGAUUGGGCAAGUGAGUCCCCAGCUGACAGAUCUUCUGCUCUGGGCUAUCCACUAUGAAGAAUCACCAGGUGUACGACUGGAAGCUUGCCGUAGCAUCCUAGCCCUCAAGCUUCAAGGAAACCAUGUCAGGGACACCUUUCUGGAUGUGCUACUCCUGGAGGACCACGAGGCUGUUCUUAAGGAAAUUUACCAGGCAAUGAUGGCACUCAACUUUGAAAUUGAAGGAAAUCAAGAAAUGCUUCAGGAGAUCAAGAACAAGAUUGAAACACUAAAUCAAAAGGAAUUGCUGACGGAGAAAAUAUUGAAGAUGGAAGCGGCCAUAAAAAAUGUGAAGGAAAAAGCAAGACGUAUUUACUCGCAACCCAAGGAGGGCCAACAACCACUGGAACUCCACACUUUUCUUCAAGACAUUUUUGAGAAUGAAGAGGUUCCUCCUAGAAGAGGGUCCGAGCUUUGCGACACUCAAGCAGCCAUCAAGAGGGUGCUGCCCAAAACGCCGAGCCCCUGGCUAAAGAGUCCUGCUGUAGAACUCCCCACAUACAAAAGCUGCUCACCGUUUUUCAGAGAUCUACGGACUGCCCGGGAAAAAAGAAUCGAAAAAGGGCCCUUCAGAUCUGACCCAGAUCUUUCUAGCUGGGCAAGUUACUGAGAAGAUUGUCUUUCAGCACCAGCGAAAGGUGGGGGGAAGCUGAUCCUAUCUAGGCUGAAUGCUUCUCUUGCUCUUAGAAUGUGGACAGGCCACACUCUCUCUCGUCCAUUAAUACUGUACAAUGUCCUCACUAUGUUCACAAAGAUAAACUAUUUAUCAAUCA